AUGCCCUCCAAAAAGAAGAAACAGCAAGAACCGCCUCCACCAGAGGAAGAGGAGGAAGAAGAAGUAGUACUGGAUGAUUUGGAACCCUCUCAGUGGAAACGAGAGGGACAUCCAUGGGUUGAUAAAAAACUAAAUGUCGCAUGCACAUGGGCGAUUCAACCCUCUCGCAACUUGGCCACUCAUGCCAAGCUCACGGGGACCAUUACGGGAUUUGCACCCACGGAAGAUGAUCGUCGAUUGCCCGCUCUCGGCAGAGUGGCCUUUGAAAAUCCCAUUGCCAACAAUAAUAGGAAGGGUGCAACUACAAUACUCGCCAUGGAUUUGACCGGGACCGAAAUCAAUGACUUGCAACGACAAACAACGACCACAGAAGACAAUAAUAAUAAUGCACUGGUCGUGGCCAAUCCCGUGCCACAACUCUUGCCCACUAUUCAAGAACGAUAUCAACGACGAUUGGAACAUCACAUGAUGGAACACAUCCUACCACCUCUCGUGGCGUUGGCGGCAUUGGAAGAAGCCACGGUACAUCUCGUACGACAACGGAUUGCACAAGAAGAUGCCGAAAUGGCGGCAAGGGCCAACAGCAGCAAUAACCACAAGCAGCAGCGCAAUGUCAAUCCCCAUCCACCUCUUUACUAUACCAAACCACCCAACACCUACUUGACACAGCCCCAAUGGUCCGAGGAGACAACCGCCUCCACCACAUCCGCCAACAACAAUCACAACAAUCACAGUAGCAAGGACCCCAUGAAGGAACACUUGAUAUCCACACCCGCAGCUUGGAUGGCACGCAUCAAACAGGGAUGUCAACUCGCCUACAAUGAGUAUCUCAUACAACAACAGCAAGAACAGCUACAACGACAACAGUUUGACGAUGCAAGUGCCGAAGCGGGACGCAGAUCCUCUAGUCGGAUUGCACGCAUUACCACGGAACAGCAACAAGAUAUUGAUCGGAACAAACGUGGCGGCGGCAAUACGAAUAAUAAUCAGCAACAGGGAGUCGAAAUCUAUCUCAAGGGACAUCGCAUUGCCAAGUUUCUAAGAGAACAGCAAGACCAGAAACUGUGGCAAAACCAACGACAAAGACUGGAAACAGAAGAAGCAGAAGAAAACGGUCAGGAGGAAAAAGACGACGACGACGAAGAAGAAAUAGAAGACGAAGAUGACGUCGAUUUGUUCAAUCCAUACCUCUAUCCAACCUAUGGGGAUGUCCUCAAAAGCGUACGAAAGCUACGUCUCGAUGACAUUCAAAAUUCCAUUCCGUACUGGUGUCAGGAAGACACCAAUCGGACUCCUCAGAAGAAACGGCGAAAGGACGACGAGGAUGACAUGGAAAAUGUAUUGGAGGUGAACGUGUUGCCUUUGGAUACGCUCACGUUGGGGAUCCCCCCAGCAGACGAAGAAGAAGAAGCAAAGAAGGAAGCCGAUGACAAAAUGGAACUGGAGGAGGACAAACCCGACAUCAAGGCGGAACAGCCUGCCACUGUCAAAACAGAACAGGAGAAUGACAAGAAACCCGCGGCCUCCUCCAGCGAUGGAAGCGCCAACAAGCCAGAGGAAGCAACGUCGUCGAAAAAGCCAGAUGAAGCAGCCUCCCUGUCCAAAGCUCCCGACACUGCUGCUUCGUCUUCCGAGCCUGCAGCUAAGGAUGGAAAAGACAACGACAAGGAUCCGCCGCAAAAAGUGACAUCCAGCAACAAAGCCACUGAGCAAGUGCCGGCGGCUGCAAAAUCUGAUACUGCUGCCGCUAGCAAUGGAGACACGGCAGCUGCAAAGGAAGAGAACACCCCCGAGGGAACCACCAAAGACGAUUUGGCUACUGACGAUGACGGUAAAGACUCCAAACCACCCGCCAAAAAGAAGAAGAAUGGAGGCAAAGAAGACGGCGAUGCGAAAGACGAGGAAGAAGACGGUGAUGAUGAUGACGAAGACGAAGAAACAGAUGCCCCCACUGAAAAUCUAAUCGUCCAGUGGCAGGUCCCCGAAACGAUCGAAAAGGCUCCCGCCAGAAAGCAAAUCUACAAACACCUGCAGACCCAGGAUCACUACACAUUUGGGCGCUACACUUUCUUGCUUCGAAGAAAGGAUGAAGAGAACGAACGCCUUCGCGGUGGGUUGGAACAACAACAAGGGCCCAAUGAAGAAGAGCUACAGCGGCAGGCGGAAGAACAAGCCAGACGAACAGCUGCCAACAGAGCAUUUAACAAUCGAAAAGCGUGGGACAAAUGGCGUUUCGAAGGGAUUCAUGGGGGUCACACCGUUUGGCCAAGCUGGCAGGAUUCGGUCCAGAAGUGGCAAUCGGAAAGGAAUGCCGAGCAGCAGCAGGAAUCCUCAACCAACGAGCAGGCCGUGACUACUGAUCAAGUCGACGCGGACCAUGCGAAAGCUCUGGAAUUGGCAAAGAAGGAACAAGACGAAGAAGCGGCCAUCGCAGCUGCCGCUGGGGGUGGGCGCCGAACGCGCAGAAAGGGAGCUUCGUCUGGAGGAACUGUCUUCUAUGGACAAUCGUCCCAGUUGACUGCGAAGCAGCUGGUCGAGCUUAUUCUGCGACUCUGUUCGGAGAAAUCAGCACCCAACAUUUUGUACUUACAGUCGAUCGUUGCCGAGGAUGGAACGCAAGACCCAGUGCGUCGUCUUCGAGCUGCUUUAGGGAAGCUAGUCUGGAGACGAAACCAGCUUGCUCGUCUUUCACCCAGUACGGAGUGGACAGACAAGAAACUUCUGGACACAGUUUGGGAAAAGCCAUUGCUCACGAUGGCUCCCGCAGAACCAACAGCUGCAGCCGCUGGAACGGGUGAUGUUGCCAUGCAAGAUGCAGCUGACGAUGGAGAAGCCAAACGGCGGCCAACAACCGAAGCGGAAGCGCUUGUUGAGUACCUUCGAAACCUUCACAAUACAGAACUGCUACUCCGCAAGAUUGUGCUCGAGCACUUGACCGAGAUACCCAUACCAAUUGUUGCCACAGCCGCAGACGAAAAGAAGAACUCCAACGAGGGUUACGAUAGUGCAGAUUUUGAGGACCAGUCCGAAAUCGAAUGGCUCACCGAAGGCCACGAGCUCAUUGGAAAGCACCUAUUCCGCCCUCGACAAAUGGAUAACACCAACGACCUCAGCACGUGCGAGUGGUUCACCAUCAGGGCAUACGUCCCGUCCGUUGGUGAUACCUCCGCGCAGAAUGUACCCGGUUCCGCCGUAACUGAGUCUCCGCUGGUUGAAAGGCGAGCGCGGUUCCGAGCAGCACCUUUUUUAGAGGCAGACGCUGGAGAAGUCGAGUUUGCGGAUGAAGAGUAUCUGGUUCUCACGGAGGCCCAGGCCCAUGCAGGAAUCAAAGCGGCUGGCUUGGAGCAAGUCAACAUCGACAGGGAAGAAGAGGAGGAACAAGUCAGUAUCAUAGACCACCCCUUCGCUGGUAGUGGUUUGAGUGCCCGGAUCACGCUCUACCCAGUUCGAGGCAAGAAGUCAGCAGAACCAAUGGAAUACACCGUCGUUGGCCACGACAGCAUUCUUGGCGCCGAAGGCAAGGAAACCGUCCAUCGAAUCCUUAUCUUACCGUACGCGACCAGCAGUCAACCAACGCCUUCGGCUCUAUGGGCAUCGCUGGAUGUAUCCAACGAUACGGAGAUUCGCUGUCAUUUGGAGACGGAUCCCAACAAAACCUACCGUGUCCAGCAAUCCGAUUUCCACCCUGAUUCUCAAGCAUUCGCAGCUUGCCGGGAUGUCGUCAAUUUUCUCGAGAAGCACCAAAAGGCCGGUCCGUUUCUUGAGCCAGUGGAUCCGGUUGCGCUCGGCAUUCCUGAUUACACCAAAGUAAUCGCCAACCCCAUGGACAUUUCUACCCUGUCUUCAAAACUGGAAAAUGGCCAAUACUCCAACGUCCCACCGAAGCAAUCAGCCGGGAGAAGCCCCGUCGCCAGAAUGCUCAACGGAACUUUUCGGGACGACGUUGAGCUCAUCUUUGACAAUGCUAUGCUCUUCAACCCUCCCAAAGACUUUAUCCACCAAGACGCUUCCACACUCAAAAAGGCCGUUUGUCGAAAGAUGGACUCGAUGUCUCAAAGUUUUGAUGCCAAGUUUCGACGAUCCAGUCGGAAUCAAGAGAAGCAGAGCAUCUACAUGGACGAGGACUCUGACGUGGACAUGUACGAGUACGAAAGCGACAACGAUGACGACGACGAUUAUCACGGUGGCGGAUCCAGACGUAAGCGGAAACGAUCGAAAGGGCAGGCACGACCAAAGGCGGACGACAACUCGACACGCGCCAUGGAACAUGCGGUUCGGCUUCAAAAGACAUUAAGCGACACGCUUGGGCUCCGCGGCCCGUUUGCCAACUUUCGUGUCGAGAACGACUCUUCCAGUUUUUCAUUCCCAGCCAAUUGGAGUUGCCGUCGUCGGAAACCUGGUGUCGUCAACCUGGAGGAUGACACGGAAGAAGAAGCUGUUCCAGAAGAAACGAGUAGUGCUGUUGCAUCGUCAGAGCAUGAGAAAGAGUUGAUUCAACUAGCACAGCUGCAACGUACCUUGGACGAGACAGAAAGCACAGGCGUCCGACGGUCGACUCGUGCCAACAUCCAAGAGGAUACGAGCAGCAGCCGCAAGAAGAAAGUGAAAGCCUCCGACACGGAGUACUUUAUGUUGAAUCAGUUUGAGCAGAACCACAUCAAUGCAACCGACGAGCUCAAGCGAAUGCCCGCUCCCUGUAGUCGGCACGAUAUUGAGUACAUUUGCGAGCGAUUGCACGACACGUACUAUGCCAAGCUCUACAUGGAGUUGGGUGCGUCUUUGGAGCAAUCUACUGCGGCGGACUCUGGCGACGGCAAGGCCAAGAGUGACAAAUCAGACAUGCCUGCUUUUGGCAGUUUUGCGGAUGGAUCCUUCCCUCCAUUCCUUGGUCGAAUGGUCCCAGUCUCGCUCGCGAAGCACUCCAAGUUCGCAUGGGAGAUCCGUGGCUCGUUUCAGAUCGUGGCGCUACGUUGGAUUAUCCGAGGUUUGAUUGCAUCGGGGCACUUGGGGCAACUGGAGCCAAUGGAGCAAGAGUCGUUGUCAUCGGGGGUGAUCAUGACUAACCACGUGUACUACACCGACAACAGCCUCGAGCCUUUUGCUGUGUUGGACUCGAAGGAAUUGGCAAGGCGACGACGAGCCAACAACGAAGAAGCAGAGUCAAGUGAAGACGAAGUUGAACUGAGCGCGUACGAGAAGCUCCGCGCAGAGAGAGUCGCUCGCAAUGCUGAGCGACUAAAGGCACUCGGGCUUGCUUGA